AUGGGCAGACGUGGCAGUUCACCCAUGUGAGAUGGUGGAGUUGAGUCAACUGGUCACAAUCAUUUCCUCACAGGACCGCGACCUGGUUCCUGGAGCGCUACAGGCCAGCUGCUCAUCAACGUUCAAACGUUUAGUGCUGCGUACGAAAUGGAGACCCCACUGCUCCAGCUUUUCAAGGACGUAUAUGAUCUCGACCUGCCGUCAAGGAGAAAGAGACUUUCUACGUACUGGUCGGAGGCCAGCACCGAGCAGCGCGAAUCCGUACCCGCAGAGCUCGACAACGCCCUUUCCCAGUCUUCCCUAUACGUGACUCCGCAUGACUACGCCUUCUUCCUGAGGAAAUCGAGUUCCAUUUCUUGGGCUACAUCCGCCGCGCGAGCCUCUCGACAACCCUUGAUCGUGAAUGCGAGUAUCGACGUGCUCGCCUCGCAUUGGAUUGCAAGCCCAGAGAAUAUCGAACUUCAAACGGUCGUCAGCUUGGUCAAAGACGAUCUUCCACACUAUGCGACUGUGCGCCUGUUCAAGACCCUUGGAGUAAAGGUCAAGAUAACCACUGCGCUUUCGAGAUACAUAGACCGGCUCUUGCAGGAAAUAUACCCUUUCCUUACGAACAAGACCGCCGAAGAAUGUUCCCUUUCCCAGUAUGCUAGGCUUGCAAUUCACCACCUGGUUUGCGCCGCCUCAGAGCCUGUCAUCAUGACCAUCAUCAAGCACUACUCUCCCCUCUCCAGUGCAGCCUGGUGGACAUUGCCGAGAAGGCGUCCAGAAAUUAUACGGAACAUAGUGCUGAAGCAUGUUGGCGGCCCGAUUACCUCAGAGCCCUCCUUGGGUUACACCGAUGUAGUUGCCACGCUCCCUAGCUGCGGCGGCGGUAAACUUGGGUGGCUCGUGGAGAGAUUGAUGAGCUCUAAAGACCCAGAUACUCCGGAGUUUAUCGCCGUUUUCCUACAGCGCUACGAGAAAUACGCCUCGGUUGAUCACGCGACACAUACCGAACAUGUCACAGCUGGCAACGUAAUCGGUCUAAACUCGUUGGUGGAGUGGCUCAGCUACUUGCUAAGGAGGCAGAAAGAUCCUCAGGAUGUUAUCCGCGUUGGGUUGGCUCAUUGCAAGGCUCUUACCCGGCUUAUGGAGGUCUGCAGAGAGGGGCCCUGGUCGGCGAAUAGUGUGGCUCCUCUGGUGAAUCUCGCACUACGGCGGCUGUAUGCUAGCUGCCCUGCAGAAUGGGAGCCCAUGGUAGCAGAUCGACUUCACUCCUUCGAUAGCUCACAGACACCGACUGGGUUUUUGAUCGCCAUCUUCAAUCUCAUGCAGUACUCCGUUCGCUCCCUCUCGGUCCCCAGCGAGGGCCUCCUGCAACAACUUAUGGAGUGGCUUCGCAUUAUCCCCCGUCCUGCCCGUCUCUCCCUCAUUAAUACCAUCCAUUACGCCAAAACUGGCAACAGUUUGCUGGAAAUGCCCGAAGACCGCCAGCGGUACCCGCGAGUAGCUUCUUAUGUCGUCGUGACUCUCGACCCGGAUGAUCAGGCACUGAUACUUGGAAUCGGCAGACGAGCUCAUGACGAUUUCUUCUAUCGCUCUGGCAUUCCUUGGAGCUACCCUGACUCAGUCGCUAACUUUUCGAAGUUGGAAGGUGCUCUGCGUAGCGCAGAAGCAGAUUCGCAUUUACCGCACGCACUUCACGUUGGCUCCUCCCGAACCCUAUUCCGGCUCGGCGCUACAAAUGUCGCUCAAAAGGAUCCGGAUGUAGCGAAAGUGGUCGAAUCCAUGAGGAGGCGCGCGUCAAAGAGUCGCGAGCAGCGCUAUACACUUACUAUCGGCGCGCUUGCGUUGUCUACGGUUGCGCAGAGCCCUACGGAGUUCGUGGAGACGCUUGACUGGGCAUUUAAACGCUACGCGAAGGAUCCACAGACAUCGCCACGCCUGUUUAACGACUUGUUUGGAAGAUCAGGCGGCUAUUCCUCUUUCAAGGCCCUCGUCGCGGGCCCGUGUGGAAUUGUGCCGAUCGCUGGUAUGGAGAAAUGCUUCAACGUCGACGCGGUUGCGGAGUGGUGCAGAGUCACCAAUCGCACAGUGACGAUAGGAAUCGACCUGAUUAGGACAUGGGCGAAAGAGCCUGACCAUCAGAAGACGAUUAUGACAGAGUAUAUGCCUAUAGGCAAUCAUAUAUGCACUAUUAUUCAGAAGCGCUGCGAAUUGGUUGAAAAGAUAUACCCUAUCCUCUAUUCCGAUGCCGUCAGCCUCCGCCAAGCGAUGUUCAACCCUCUUGUAGAGCUAUGGAUAGAAUGGGAGAAGCUCAGGAUUCACGAGUAUCCACAGUUACUCGGUUUUGAUGAGAUGUGUAAUGCCCCAGAGACCUUCAGUAGUCUCAAUGUACUCUCACAAGAUCUUCCAGUCGUUCUCCCAUUCCUCGACAAGCUAGGACAGCAUCGUGAAGAUCUCUAUCGGGAAGCUCGCAAGAGAUUCGCAUCUCCAAGCGCAGAGGAGAUAAAGAGGAGAAGAGACAAACGCAAGCACAGCACACGCUCGUACCUACCUUUCAGCUUCAACGUCCGUGGACAGAUCGACAAGGUCGGACUCGAAGAUGCUCUUGAGCUGGCGCCCGGGUGGAAGAACUAUGUGGACAACAUACUGUUUCAGGAUCCCGCCACCACACUGGACGAUGUGGAGGAUAAAUACGAUUGGCAUCCAGGACAGUUCGACAAUGCGGUCCGCGUGUACGUCGAUUAUACGACCAAGAAACGAAAAGCUCAAAAGGUCCGCGAGCUACUCGAUGGGUACAAGCAUAUGGACCCGAAUUCUUCUUUUUCCGUCCUACAACACGACAGCACCUUCCAGCUCAUUCAGUCGACCACAAGGCUAAAUAAAGUGAAUCGCACAUACCUCCCCGCCUUCCCGAGUGCUUCAAGAGACAGCAUCCUCUUGAAUCCUAGCGAAGACAACUUCCGCCGCGGCAUUGACCAGAAAGAGGUCGAUACCCUGAAAACUAUUUUCGGUCUGCGCCGUCGGCCCACCGGGCGUCAAAAUCAUGAAUUGCCUCUUCCUAACGUUGAUGAAAUAUAUCAUCUACGAGGUUGUUUACACGCAGCACACCAGCUCACGGUACUCGCCACCACAUGGAUUGCCUCUGUUCUGGGGAUCACUGUUUCCUCCGACUCUCACCAGAUAGAGGCCUCCUCGAAUUUACCCGUCACGUAUGCGCUGCGUCACGUCCGCAUGUCAGAACAGUUCAUGAAGCUCCAUGGAUCGAAUACGACGUUGCCGAUUUCCCUCCUCGAGAAGACACUCCCACACUUACACCCAAGUGAUGUUCAGACUCUGCUUGACGCAGUGUUCGCGAAAAAGAUGUCUGAACCGCAUGAGAUCAGUAUACGUAUGGCUCUGCUCGGUACUGUUCGCAGACUCGGAGACCCUCGUCUGGGCACAAAGGAGGCAUUCAGCAUUGUUGAGGAUACGAGUAUGUCUAGUUGGCACCGGCAAGCCGUUACAAUUAAGGCGCUCAAGAUCCGUCGGCCAGCUGAGGCGAAGGUUUUUGCCCGAAGUUUGUUUGAAUUUAGCCAGGAGAAGAUCAAGCAGGCAGUGGAAAGAGCUGCAGCAGAAAUACAGGCGGCCAAACAUGCUAAGGCGACCAGCGACGAAACGAGGCCCCAGACCGAGAAGCAAGAAGACAAAGGGCCUAGCAUCAAAAUGAGCACCCAAAAAAUGUUCAUUCAGCUCCUCCUUCCCGCAUUACAAGACGGGCUCCUGAGCACGUCCUUUAUCGAAGAUCUCGCGAGCUCCGGCUUGCUGAAAACAUCACCGGCCAUUACCUCCUACGUCGUGGAGGUUCUCGUUGAGGCUGUCAUCUCCAGCCCUCAGUUUGUUCAGUCGCAGGAUGUCCCCGAGACGUGGGCGGUCAUCCAGCCAUUCAUCGCGCUCGCGCAGCGGCUCGAGGAGUCAACACCGCUGAGCGAGGAGGACUGGCGCGCGGCGCGCGAGGGAACGGGGCCCAUGCCUGAGAUCUCCGAUGAGCUGCCGAUUGCGUGUGCAUUGCUACUCGACGUGUCACUGGGAAACUCCGCGAGGGUUCGUAAGGCUUGGACGAAGCACGUCGUCGAGCCCAUCCUAGCCGAACUUGUCAACAAGCGGCUCCGAUGGAUGCGAACUGCGAUUGCGCGCGAGAGCGGGGGUGACUCCGAGCUUGAAAAGACGAUUGAGGGAGAUGCAUACAUCGACACACCGGCGUGGACUGUCUUGACGCAGACAAUCAAGCAGUAUGAUUUGUAUCUAUGCCCAGAACUUGACGAGAUCGUGGAUGAACGGAGCUGGUGGGUCUGGCGGUUUACAGAGCAGAGGUUCGCGAGCUUCCUGCAGCGGGACAGGGUGAACACGUUGUGCGAAUUGCUGAAAAAGAACCACGGAGAAGAAUGGCUGUCCAAACAGGAUACCGCUUAUUCUCGGAACAUCUCCAACCUGACGCGCAACAUCAACGAGCUUGGUAUCAUCUUAGUGAGCAAUAUCCAGUGGUUAUUCCUGCCAGUCCUCCGAAACCCCGACACCCCCGCACAUUUGAGGUCUGAGAUAUACUGUGUCGCGAAGCGCAUCGGCCUACUCCUUCUUGAACCUGAAAUGAUGUACGAGCCGAUUACUCGAAGCGCUCCUCGUGGAACACAACCACUAGCGUCUUUCUUAGCUGUUUUUGACACCUUCAAGUUGGAUGCACAUACCGUCCCGUUGGUGGAGGAAUAUCUUGCUGCAGCGGAGGAGCAUGAGCGCAAGCUAUCACGUGGAGGAAGCAAGAUUAAUGGCGGAGUCGCGUACUGGAAAGUGAUUGUCACGCUGAAGAUGCAUCUCGCGAAAUAUAAUGCUGGGCAAGUGUCAGACGAAACGCGUGUCGAAGUGUACGCUGCAGACCUCUCGAAGCUCAUCCAGCAAAUCCACCGCGGAGGCUGGCGAUGCAUCCACUUCCCCCACGACUUUGAGAAAAUGAUUGAUAUGAGCGGGGUUUUACGCGACAGGGAGAUUGUCUCCGUCGUUCGUGCUUUGACGCAACCACCCACGUUCACCGUUGAUGACGCAGAGUUACGCUCGUAUUACCUCGACAUGGCGACUACGCUCAUCAGCUUCCACGGCACAGAACUCAGUCAAUCCACAGUGGGACGCGCAGCGCUCAAAGAACUGCUGGACGCUUGGAUUGCAGCAGACGAUGGCGUGAUGGAGUUCCUUGCAACAGACUUGAUGGUCCUGUAUUUGUGA